AUGAAUAUCCGUUUGCGCAGACACAGAGACACGAGAUCGGCACCAGCAACAUCAACAUCAAUACCAAUAUCGACCAACCUCGAUUUUCCAGGUGCGCAACCUCGCCGCACCACCCUUAGGGAACGACUCUGGAGUCCCACAACCGCAGGCGCAGCUGUACCCCAGCCGACUUAUAUUGAAGCAACAUUGGACGCAACCCACACAACUUCACGCAAGGAUGAGAACAGAUCAAGAUCAAGAUCACGAUCACGAUCACGAUCUUGCAUCACCAAGAAGAACCGUCGCCGCCACAUGCGGCCUCACACCCGACGCAAUCGCAGCACCACCUCCAAACAACCCUACGUCUACACCGCCACACCCUUCACAAACCACCUUCCCUCGUUCCAGCAGCAAGCUCAGCAUACCCAACCACCUCACGGCAUCCCAGAUCGAUGUAAAACAUUCCUCAAAGCGCUCCGUCGAAAACUCCACCUCCUGAAAUUCAGCUUCCUCAUGCAAUUCGACCGUUUCCGUAUCUGGCUCUCCCAAAAGUCCAAAGAAAACUUCUCCAAACUCAGCGAAUGGCUGGAAACCCACAUCCCGCGCAGCAAGCCCGAGCCGGCAAGACGUCCCCUCUUUCCCUAUUGCCCUGAUAGCUGUAAUGCAGCGACGAUAGCUGCUAGCAGAAACGGCAGCAAUGGAAGCGGUGGCGCUGGUGAUGGCGAAGGCAAGAGAGGAGGCAGACUACGACGCUUAUCCGAGUCGACGGUGAAGAGUCUCAAGAAAGCGUGUAGCUUAAAUUCGGAGAGGGACGAAUUGAGGGAGGAGGACCGGAGGGCGAUGAGGAGGCUGGACGAGUUGUGGAGGAGUGGGGAUGAUGAUUAUUGA